AUGAGACCAACCCUUGCACUUCCGCUCCUUUGCGCCUGCGCGGUCGCCAUACCGUCGCACGAAUCAGCUCAUAUCGGGAGAUCCGUUUUCGACGUCGAUGACAGUGGCAAUGACACCCAGCAAGUCUUUUUCGGCCGGUUCAUCUCGACCCCUAGCCAAGAUGUCUUGUCUAUCGAAAUGGGGGCGGUCCUGGUCAACAGUUCGGACGGCCGCGGGGUGAUCGAGAAAGCGGUUUGGAAUGUCACUGACGUUGAGUCUGCUCUGGAGCAACUCGGCGCAGGAGGCAAUGUCACUGUCGUCUCUGCCGCAGACGAUGGAUUCUUCUUUCCAGGCUUCAUUGAUUCACACAUCCACGCACCUCAAUAUCCGAAUCUCGGACUGUUCGAGGGAACACUACUGGACUGGCUUCAGAAAUACACCUUCCCGAUGGAAUCUUCGCUGAGCACGACACAGUCGCCCCUCUACGCAAACUCGUCAACUCCUCCUGACCCUUAUGCCCGGGCCAAGGAGGUCUACACUCAAGUCAUUGCGAAGACGCUUGCUUAUGGAACGACCACAGCCUCGUACUUCGCCACCAUUGACGUUGAGGCCACGAACAUUCUCGCGACGCUCGCGUAUUCCAUGGGUCAACGGGCCUACAUCGGGCGGACGUGCCAGGAUAAUCAAGAGUACAAUCCUAGCUACUAUAAAGACGAGUCCACCGCCGACGCGAUCAACAAGACCUGGGCCUCGAUUAACUACAUCCAAGGACUCGACCCCAGUGGAGAUCUGGUCGCACCGAUUAUAACUCCGCGCUUUGCCCCCUCCUGCACCAACGAGUCCAUGACCGCCCUCGGCGAGAUUGCCAACCAGACCGACCUUCGCCUCCAGAUGCACAUUGCCGAGAACGUCAGGGAAGUCGCCCUGGUCGCCGAGAUGUAUCCCCAGCAAAGCUCUUACGCCGGCGUAUACGACGCACACAACCUCCUUACCGAUCGUACGGUGCUUGCACAUGGCGUCCAUCUCUCGGACGCCGAGAUGGAUUUGAUUGCAGCGCGAGGGUCGGGGGUCAGCCAUUGUCCCGCAAGCAAUUCGGCGCUAGGGUCUGGUCUGUGCCAGGUCCGCAAACUGCUCAGUAAGGGCGUCAAGGUCGGCCUGGGUACCGAUGCUGCAGGUGGGUACAGUCCCAGCAUGCUCGAGAACGUUCGACAAGCUUUCCUCGUCAGCCGGACCCUCAGCUACUUGGACAAUGACAACAGGACCCUCGACGUCCCCACGACUCUGGCGCUGUGGUUGGGUACCAUGGGCUCAGCCCAAGUGGUGAGCAUGGACGGCCGCCUUGGAGGAUUCGAGCCUGGUAUGCUAUGGGACGUGCAAGAGGUUUCUCUUCACUCUGACGGUCCCGUGAAGAUCUUCGGCUGGGAAACAUGGUAUGAGCGAGUACAGAAAUGGGUUUGGAACGGUGGGGAGGAGAACGUAAUGCGAGUAUGGGUCGGUGGACGCCUGGUUUCUCGGAGGGACUGA